CUUCUCCCCUUCUACGUCAACAUGCAGUUUCAUUCUUAUUAUUCCCCGAAAGCCGAUUAUGCUGAUCAUCCUGCGUUGAUGUAAGUUGGCAUAGCCCCAUUCAGAACGAGCAAUUUGCCAAUUAUCACCCAUCUUCGACUCGCAUCACUGGCGUAAGCCAAGUGAAGUGACCACUGUUACCGACCUUUCAUUCCCAAGCUUUCCGCGAACAUCCUACACAGUCAGAGUCCUUCUUGGACAUAUUACCACCCCAGCAGACGAUGAUUAUACCCUCUCGCGUGCUCUCCCUCUGUUGAACGCCAUCAGUCCACGAUGCCGGAAGUCGUUCGCGGCAGUCGUGCCAGUCUACAGCUGGAUCGAAAUGCAUCCCCAGGCACGCCCUCGCAAGAGAGACGAGCCGUCCACUUCGGUCCCGAGAGUCCACCUCCGGAUGACGUUCCGACACCGGGAAUAAACGCAGUCGACACUGGCCUCAGCACUGAUUCAGGGCGAAGGCGGAGUUCCCAGCACAGGAGGAGACGGACUCAGGACAUGACCUCGCCCGAACGAGCCGCCUACUAUGACAGUCGUGCUGCAACCAAAAGAGAAUUCCGCAGACGAGCGAGCACCCUACAAGAAUAUUACCAGGAACACCCGGAGCUGCUUCCGCAAUUGCCCUUCACAUGGCGCCAUGGUCUCAAGAGAUGGAAAUUGGGCUUCACGAUAUUCAUCAUGGUGGUGGAUGCCUGCGUCGUCCCUAUCGUGUUAUACUAUUCCCUGAAAUUUGCAGGCCAUGUACAAGGGUGGAUAAUAUUCGCAGUUGUUGCUACCAUCUGGGGUGGGCCAACAUACGUCGAAUUCGCCGUUCGAUCCUGGAGACUGAUCAAAAAGGAAAACUUCUUUCGGCCAUUGGGCACAUCAAAUCGAUGGGCGUUCGACAUCACGCAUUGGAUUUCAAGUUUGACAAUCGGAGCUGUCACCGCCUUCCUCAUCAUCGGUAGCGCACCCCAUAUAGUAUGGAUACGCGUAUUGUCCAUGCCAGCUCCUUCAAUCCUUUACUGUCUCGGGGGAAGUGUGUUUAUAAUCACCAUGUACAGCCUUACGGGUCGAAAAGCACCAUUCCGAAUAAGUUCUACACCCAAAGGUGGCGAAGUGUAUCCUGGAGUCUACUAUUUGAUAGAGGAUAUCGUUGCCGUCAAUGCCGGCGCCGGCAGGCCAUUCCGCGAAGCACUUGCGGCCCGAUAUAUCGCGAGCCCUCGGUUCAGAAGGAUGAUCAAAGUUCAGUCUUUGUUUUGGUCGAUACCAUCACUGAUUGUUGCCAUUGUCUGUACAAUCAUCAUUGUCAUUCAUCCUAUCUCUAAAGAAGUUGGAUAUGGUAUUGGAUGGGGUGUCCCUUUUCUAUGGAUGGGUAUCUGGACCGCCAUCUCUGUUCCUUGGAUUCGACGUGACAUGCACUUGGAGACCAUCACCUGGGAAGAAGACUUUGGCAUUGUUCCUGAAAAGAAGCACAAGCACGCCACGUCUGACACAGACCAAGAGCUGCCGCCAAAUGAACCGAAACUACCUGAACCAGUACAUACAUAAUCCAGUGUACGGUGCAUCACGUCACUUUGUUAUAAAGAUACCCUGCUGUAUUUGCGAAAGAGCCUUUUCGAAAGCAGUGAGCGUUUUUCUCUUCUCGGCAUGUCACAUUCAGGGUUGGGAUUGACGGGUGGGAGUAUCAUCAUGAGCGGAGAACGAAC